GGACGGAAAUCUCUCACUCCAUUUUCUAGGACGACCUUGAUCGGUUUUAUUUGUGGUUACCUGAAAACGAAAUCACGUACAAUCAUUUCCAAUUACACCAUGGCAGCAGUAACGAAACCCCAAAUUUUGAAGUCGGUCCUCAAUGGAGCCAAGCAAUUCUCAACCUCCACUAAAAGCCACACAAAGGUUGCUGUUAUGGGAGCCAGCGGUGGAAUUGGUCAACCUCUCUCCCUGUUGCUGAAGCAGUCACCAUUGGUUUCUCAAUUGAAUUUGUAUGAUAUUGUUCAUACCCUUGGUGUUGCUGCUGAUUUGAGCCACAUUAACUCAAAAGCCAAAGUUGCAGGCUUUGUUGGCCCUGAUCAGUUGAAGAGCUCUCUAGAAGGUUGUGAAGUAGUCAUCAUUCCCGCUGGUGUUCCGCGCAAGCCCGGCAUGACCCGUGACGAUCUUUUCAACAUCAAUGCUUCGAUCGUUCGUGACUUGGCCGUUGCUUGUGCUGAAGUUUGCCCCAAAGCUUUGAUUGGAAUCAUCGCUAACCCCGUCAACAGCACCGUCCCCAUUGCCAGUGAAGUUUUCAUGAAGGCCGGAGUCUACGAUGCCAACAGAAUUUUCGGUAUUACCACCCUCGAUAUCGUUCGCGCCAACACCUUCAUUGCUGAACUUAAGGGUUUGGACCCAACCACUGUGAACUGCCCAGUCAUUGGUGGCCAUGCCGGUAUCACCAUUAUUCCUCUGAUUUCCCAAUGCAUGCCAGGUGUUUCCUUCCCCACUGACCAGCUCAAAGCUCUCACCGAACGUAUCCAGGAAGCUGGAACUGAAGUCGUGAAAGCCAAGGCUGGUGCGGGAUCUGCUACAUUGUCUAUGGCCAUGGCUGGUGCCCGUUUCGCCGUCUCGUUGAUCCGAGCUCUUCGUGGCGAACAGGGAGUUGUUGAGUGUGCGUACGUGCGCUCUGACUUGACCGAAUCCAAGUAUUUCUCCACCCCCAUCCUUUUGGGCGCCAAUGGUAUUGAAAAGAACCUUGGACUCGGUAACUUGUCCGAUUACGAAAAGCAACUUGUUGCAGCCUCCAUUCCCGAAUUGAAGAAGAACAUCAAGAAGGGUGAGGAGUUUGUCCAGAAAAACUAAAUAUGUGGAUUUCGUGGGAACGAGACCCGUUCGGACUUUACAACAAAAAGAUAAAGUGAACUAGAUAUUGGAUAAUAUAUUCUAUGAUCUGCCGGUAAAGUCUAGUAAGUCACACUUAGAUUCAUUUACAGAGUGGUGUACAGUAUAGAUAAAAUACACUUUACUCGUUUUGUUGAA